UCAUAUGCCUUCUCUAGUCCAUAAAACCCGCUGCGUUUAAGAAAUACCAUUCAUAACAAUGUUGAAACUAAUAGCUCUAAUAUCUCUAGCUGUUUCCUUUUCUUGGUGUCAAGAUGUGACUCGACCCAUCAUUACCACAACUGGAGGACAGGUACAGGGCAUAACGGCCAGCUGUGGCCUGUUCUGUAGCUACUUCCAAUUCAAUGGCAUACCAUACGCGGAGCCUCCAGUUUCCGAUUUGAGAUUCCGGAAUCCAGUGCCACAUCGUGGAUGGUCAGGAGUGCGAGAUGCUAGUGAACAUGGAGAAAAUUGCCCAUCGCUAAGUAUACUCAGUGACUACUCAGGCAGUGAAGAUUGCUUACAUAUCAAUGUGUACACGCAGAAUUUGAUCGGAUCUCGACCAGUUAUGGUGUGGAUUCAUGGAGGUGCCUUCGUUCUAAGUUCUGGUGAUUCUAACAGAUAUGGACCAGACCAUUUAGUUCAAGAGAAUGUGGUGGUUGUCUCUUUCAAUUAUCGUCUAGGCAUUUUAGGAUUCUUCAGCACUGGUGACACACAUGCACAGGGCAAUUGGGGUGCGAAAGACUGUGUGGAGGCUCUGAGAUGGGUUCGCGAUAAUAUUGCGGCUUUUGGUGGAGAUCCCAAUAAUGUGACGAUCUUUGGUGAAAGUGCGGGUGGUGUGCUGGUACAUUAUUUAGUUUUGUCUCCAAUGGCCACUGGAUUAUUCCAUAAAGCAAUCGCCCAAUCUGGUACCGCUUUGGUUCCCUGGGGAUUCCAGUACAACGCACGGGAAAUGGCACGAAACAUCGCAGAUGCAUUCGGUUAUCCGCAUGACAGUGCAGAGCUUACACGACUUCUGCGAUAUACUCCUAUUGCAGAUUUUAUUGAUCUUCAAAGAUCCAUCACGGACAUCCCGAUUCCUCGUGGAUUUAAACCCUUCGAGUAUGUUCCCAGUGCUGAACCAGUCAACUCUCCAGAACCCACAUUUCUUACGCAACGUCCAAUUGAAGUACUCCUUUCCGGUGCAUACAAUCAUGUUCCAAUGAUCAUUGGCUACACAAGUGCAGAGAGCCUGUUUAUGGUUCGUGAGCAUCUUCUGGAUUCUACUGUAUGGAACGAAUUCACUCGUAACCCUCAAUUCUUCGUCCCUCACUUUUGGAAUAUUCCCGUCAACACUCCAGAAUCAAACGCAGUCAGCCAAGCAUUCCGCAGCUUCUACUGGCAGGAUCGCUCUCUUGGGCCUGAUAUUAUGUUGGAAUGGACUCAAUUCCACACUGAUCAACAAUUCCUAUAUGCCGUCGACAAAACAGUCGUUUUGACUGCCGAACGGAACACACAACCUACAUUCUACUACCAGUUCAGUUUUGAUGGUGACCUCAAUCUAAUGAAACGAAGACUCUUGCUAACCGACUUUCCAGGAGCAGUCCAUGCUGAUGAACUAGCUUACCUGUGGUCGAUGACAGAUCUACCCAUUUCACCCAUUCUACCAAGCAAUCCUGCAAACAUCGUUCGACAGCGAAUGGUUCGCCUUUGGACCAACUUUGCCAUCACUGGACAUCCAACUCCAAAUUCAGACAGCACCCUGCAAAAUAUUCACUGGGCUCCUUUUGAAGGAAAUGAAAUGGCGUAUCUAGACAUCGGAGAUAACCUAAUAGUAACUCAAAACCCCAACCAAGCACGUAUCAGCCUCUGGCGAGAUUUGGAAGAACGCUAUGCUAAUGAUCCAUUCUUUUAUCCUUAUUCGUAAAAGGUGGUAAAAGUAUAAUAAAAAAUAGCUCAUAACUUAUGUAA